CUCUCUCUCUCUCUCUCUCCAAAGUUUCUAGUUACACCAAUUCCAAUUUCUCUCCCCCCUUCUCCCUCUCUCUCUCUCUCUCAAAUACACACAGAGGAAGUGCCCUUCGAAUCAAUCAGCAGAGGUGCAGCAGAGUGGCAACAGACGAGAAAUAUCCAAUUAGUCAGUUAUAUAACUAUUUUUUUCUUCCCAUUUUGCCCUUCUCUUCCUCUCAAAUUUUCCCCCAAGCAACAUAUUCACUUCACCACCCACUAUGAUCACCGGGCACGACCUCUAUGUGGUCUUAACAGCAGUGAUCCCACUCUACGUCGCCAUGAUAUUAGCCUACGGCUCUGUCCGGUGGUGGAAAAUCUUCACCCCCGACCAAUGCUCCGGCAUCAACCGAUUCGUCGCCAUUUUUGCCGUCCCACUCUUGUCCUUCCACUUCAUCUCCACCAACGACCCUUACGCAAUGAACUUCCGGUUCAUUGCCGCCGAUACCCUCCAGAAAAUCAUCAUGCUCAUCGUCCUCGCCCUCUGGACUAACCUCACCAAAAAUGGUAGUCUUGAAUGGAUGAUAACUAUCUUCUCAUUAUCAACACUACCCAACACUCUGGUCAUGGGUAUUCCUCUGUUAAUCGCCAUGUACGGCGAGUACUCCGGCAAGUUAAUGGUACAAGUGGUGGUGUUACAGUGCAUCAUUUGGUACACUCUCUUGCUCUUCUUGUUCGAGUACCGUGGUGCGAAGUUAUUGAUAAUGGAACAAUUUCCUGAAACUGCGGCCUCCAUAGUUUCGUUCAAAGUUGAGUCAGAUGUUGUGUCGCUUGAUGGUCAAGAUUUUCUUGAAACCGACGCAGAGAUCGGCGAUGAUGGAAAGCUUCAUGUAGUAGUGAGAAAAUCUAAUGCCUCGAGGAGGUCACUUGGAUGUUCACUUCCGGCAUUGACUCCUCGGCCGUCGAACCUCACCGGAGCUGAGAUAUACAGCUUGAGUUCAUCGAGAAAUCAGACGCCGAGAGGGUCUAAUUUCAACCACACGGACUUUUAUUCAAUGAUGGGUUUUCCUGGAAGGUUAUCGAACUUUGGUCCGGCCGAUAUGUACUCCGUUCAGUCAUCAAGAGGUCCGACGCCACGGCCAUCGAACUUUGAAGAGAAUUGUGCAAUGGCUUCUCCGAGAUUUGGUUUCUACCCAGCACCGCCGGUGACGACUUCUUAUCCAGCACCCAAUCCUGAUAUUGCUUCUACUGUCCCUAAGACCUCCAAAACUCAGCAACAAGAGCCACCACAGCCGCCUCCUCCACCACCGCCACCGCCACAGCAGCAGAAUAUGGCGGUGAGUAAAGCGAACCAUGAUGCUAAGGAGCUUCACAUGUUUGUGUGGAGCUCGAGUACAUCUCCCGUAUCAGAUGGCGGUGGUCUUCACGUAUUCAGUGCUGCCGAUCAGUCUGAUCAUGGUGGUGCCAAGGAAAUCAGGAUGUUGGUUUCUGAUCACCCACAAAAUGGGGAAAACAAAGCUGUUCCGGAAACUGGGGAUUUUGGUGGGGAGGACUUCAGCUAUGGUGGUGGCGGCGGCGGCGGCAAAGAUGGAGAUGAGGAGAGGGAAAAAGAAGGACCCAUUGGACUGUCUAAGCUGGGGUCCAGCUCCACUGCUGAGCUACAUCCCAGGGCUGCCGGAGAUGAUGAUACAGUCGCCAUAAAACAGAUGCCUCCGGCCAGCGUUAUGACCCGUCUGAUCUUGAUCAUGGUUUGGCGGAAGCUUAUCCGAAACCCCAACACUUAUUCCAGCCUCAUUGGCCUCAUUUGGUCUCUUAUUGCAUUCCGGUGGCAUGUGGUUAUGCCCAAAAUAAUAGAGAAGUCAAUAUCAAUUCUAUCUGAUGCUGGACUUGGAAUGGCCAUGUUUAGUUUAGGUCUGUUUAUGGCUCUCCAAACCAACAUAAUCGCAUGUGGGAAUGCAAGGGCUUCCUUCGCCAUGGCCGUAAGGUUCCUCACCGGCCCGGCGGUCAUGGCCGCAGCUUCCAUCGCCGUGGGCCUCCGUGGUACUCUUCUCCAUGUCGCAAUUGUACAGGCUGCACUUCCACAAGGGAUUGUUCCAUUUGUGUUUGCUAAAGAAUACAAUGUUCAUCCAGCCAUUCUCAGCACUGCGUAAGAGAAACUCAUCCAGAAGAAAAAAAUUACUAUGAGUUUAUUUACUGUGUGGUGACGUUUUUAAGUAAUUUUUAAGCCAAAAAAAUUGCCUUAUAAAUAAAAAUGAUGAAUAAUUACUAGUUUAAAAAUGAUCUAGAUUCAUUUACUGUAUAAAUAAUAAAUUUUUAUAAGUAUUAUUAUAUAUGGGAUUAAAUUUGAGAAAGGGAGUAAGCUAAAAUACAAAGGCAAGCGCCCUUUGAAAUAUGCAAGUAAGUACUUUAAAAAAAAAAAGUUACCAAAUGUUACCCAAAUCUUGUACAAAUUUCUAUCUUUAUUAACAAAAUGACUUUGAUUUUGUUUGAAUUGCAGGGUCAUCUUUGGGAUGCUGAUAGCUUUACCAAUCACUCUAGUCUACUACAUUGUUCUCGGAUUGUGAGACUCCAAGAACAAAACGUAGACAUUUUUGCUUGUGUAAUGAAGUGGUGAGCAGAGCUUGGAGUCAUCAAUGGCUGCAUUGAAAUAUAACAUUGACUACAUGUUGGGGGGGGGCGGGGGGUUAGGCACAGGAGGUGGUUGCAUGAAGAAGAAUUGUGAAAAGACCCCAGGACAUUUGGAGCACAAACAUUUGACUUAAUGAAGCCCUGAUAUUAAUAAGGGUCAUGCACCAACUUUAAGUAAACAGGUUUUUUCUAAGUCUUCUUACUUUUGAAGAAAGCAGAGAAGGCUGUACUGGUUGAAGGGGGACACAAGGGAGGAAAACAAGGAAGGAGAACAGUUAAGCUUCAAAAUCUUUAUGGGUUUAAAGGUACAUUUGAAGAAUUUGGACUCAUAAAUUGAAGGGUAUUAGAGAAUUGAAGCGUAAAAUCCUCCUUUUUGUAAUAUAUUCUUCAUUUUGAUGUUAUUAGUUUUGGUGAUUGUAUUCGGGUUUGUCGUUUCGCUUUGAUGUAAUAACUUUAGGGAUUUAUUACAAGAUGAAAAGGGGUAGGUCAUAAAACCCCAAGAAACGUUCACCUUCUUGUUAAUAGCAAAUGAUGCACUUUUUUUUUUAGUGUGUUUGUGAUCGCAGAUGAUAAUCAUGUUUUUUUUUU